UUCACUUUCUCUCUCUAAAACUUCUAGAGAGAGAAACUCCAUCUCCUUCAUCUUCCCCAAAUGCCACUCUCUGUCCUUCUUUGAAAACCACACACACACUAAUGGCUCUCCCUCAGCUCCUCCCUUCCCCUUCUUCCUCUUACCUCACCCACCACCGCUUAAACCCCCAUACCCUCUCAUUUUCGCCUUCUAAUUUCAAUUCUAUCUCCCUUCCCCACCGCCGCCGCCAUCACCGGAACCACACCUCCUCCCUUCGCUGCUCGUCCUCUUCGUUUUCCGAGAAACAUGAAAACACUCCGUCCCCUAAUUCCAACGAUAUCGUCGAACUACCUCUCUUCCCUCUCCCACUCGUCCUCUUUCCCGGCGCCAUCCUCCCGUUACAGAUCUUCGAAUACCGUUACCGUAUCAUGAUGCACACUCUCCUCCAAACCGACCUCCGAUUCGGCGUUAUUUACACCGAUGCAACCUCCGGUACGGCGGAUGUGGGAUGCGUUGGAGAGGUCGUGAAACACGAACGUCUUGUCGAUGACAGGUUCUUCAUCAUAUGUAAAGGUCAAGAGCGGUUCCGUGUGACGAAAGUGGUUCGCACCAAACCCUAUCUUGUGGCGGAGGUGGUGUGGUUGGAGGACCGGCCGUCGGGGAACGGCGAGGAGGAUUUAGAAGGGCUGGCUAGCGAAGUGGAGAGCCAUAUGAAAGAUGUGAUUAGGUUAUCGAAUCGAUUGAAUGGGAAACCGGAGAAAGAGGCCGGAGAUUUACGCCGGAAUCUAUUUCCGACGCCGUUUUCGUUUUUCGUGGGGAGUACGUUUGAAGGGGCGCCGAGGGAGCAGCAGGCGUUGUUGGAGUUGGAGGAUACCAUGGUGAGGUUGAAAAGAGAGAAAGAGACGUUGAGGAAUACGCUUAAUUACUUAUCUGCUGCAUCUGCUGUUAAAGAUGUGUUUCCAUCAUCAUCAUCGUCAUCUUCCUGAUUAUGAUGAAUGAUUAUAGGUACCCAAUUAGUUGUCAAUUUUGAUUUUUGUGGGUUUGCUAUAAUCCCUUUAUAUAGCCUUGUAAAGAUUCUGAUACGCAUUACUGAAAUCCAUCAUUAUCAUCAACACUAUUCUAUGGGUAUUCAUUUGUGAAUGUGUUGGGUUUCUGUGAAUACGUGGAACCUGGAUCCUUUUGGGAAUAGAAAAAUGAAUCUAUUACUUCAAA